AUGCAAAUUUUCGUCAAGACACUGACGGGUAAGACCAUCACUUUGGAAGUGGAGUCCUCGGACACCAUCGACAAUGUGAAGGCCAAGAUCCAAGACAAGGAGGGCAUCCCGCCGGAUCAACAGCGUUUGAUCUUCGCCGGGAAGCAGCUCGAAGACGGCCGCACGCUCGCCGACUACAACAUCCAAAAGGAGUCCACGCUCCACUUGGUGUUGCGCCUGCGUGGCGGUGGUAAGAAGCGUAAGAAGAAGACGUACACCAAGCCGAAGAAGGUCAAGCACGUGCACAAGAAGGUCAAGCUCGCGACUUUGAAGCUUUACAAGGUUGACGACGCGGGCAAGGUUGAACGCCUCCGCAAGGAGUGCAUUUCCCCGACGUGCGGCGCCGGCGUCUUCGUGGCGCAAAUGUUCGAUCGCGUCUACUGCGGCAAGUGCUGCCAAUCUUGGGCCUUGUAA